UAUGGAGCUUUGUUGUCGUCGUUUAAUGUGGUUUAAUAUCGCUACGUGAAUUUAUCUUUAAGAAAAGAUUUGUUUUUUUCUGAACAACGUUGUUGCUAACCCUGUUAACAAUAAGGCCCUUAUAUUUCCUAACGAUGAAGAUCAAAAGAACUACGGACAAGACAACGCCUACUAAUAGAGAUCAAUGGACAAUACCGCGAAGUUCAAAAAAACUAUAAGUACCCCAUUUUCCCUCUGAAAAAUGUGGGUGAUUAGAACGAAGCCCGCCACGAGAGCGCUUGGUGUGUGGUUGGAGCGAAGCCUGCCACGAAAAGAAGAUUGUAAAAAUGUUGUAUUGUAAGAAUUAACGCAGUAAACAAAAGUCUUUGGUGAGAUCUAUCAUUUUAUAUAUUUGUUGUCCUUCUGAUUGUAUUCAAGUUGAUAUAUAGCCAGUUGUUAAAAACUUAAUGCACCUGUACGUAUAUAUAUAUAUACAAGCAAAAAUUUAACUAACCUCGCUUUUAUGCAAUUACGGGAUACCGCGCAGGUCUGGGCACUAGAGAAACGCUUGUAGGGACAAAUUUUUAGCUUGUUUAUGUUGCACUCGAUUACCCCUAUUGGUUUCCCGGUCAUUUGCUCAUAAAAUUUAUACCGUAUGGGCGCAGUUGAGGCAUAAAUUGCUAAUUUUAGUAUAUAUUCUUUCCUUAUAUUUAUACUUUUCUACAACAUUUAACUUAUCUAAAACAUGGUGAAAUGGUUCUGCUCGUCAUCCCUUUGCUAUAAUAACUUUCGAACACAAAAUUCAAAUGGAGGAAAGCUUAUAUUUUACAGAUUGCCAAGGACCAAGGAUUUACAAAUGGAGUACCAAAAAAUUAUUAAAACUGCUGGAGUUAAUUGGAAAAACGGACACAUAUGUUGUAAACAUUGGAGUGCUGGUUAUAAAAUUAAUGAAACUCUUCCUGAUGUUACAGUACCCCAGUCACAAAUUCCUAUUAUUGAGCAAAAAUAUAAUAGAGCAAAAGAAAGACUUGAAAAAACCCAAAGUGCAGCAAAUAAAAUGAAAGUUAAGGAGCUAAAAAAAAAAUUUAAAUUCAUCCAAACAUUUCGUACACCAUCUAGUGUAAAGAGAAAACCUCCUGCCAAAAGAAUAUAUUCUACGCCAGUACAUAAACAACGAGAACCCUCAAAGAGACAGUUAUCUGCUAAAUUAAUAUCUAAAGACAAAAUUAUUGAAGAACUUAAAAAAAAAUAAACGAAUCAAUAAAUAAAAUAACGAAUCUUACCCAUGAAAAUAAAUUACUAAAAAUUAAAAACCACUACCUGCAAUCAUUUGUUAAUAAACGAAAUAAAAUAAUUCUUGAAAAAACAGGAACAAUUCUAAACCUUCAAAAGUAUAUAUUUUCCUAUGACAACUUACAACAGAAAUCUAGCAAUAUAGAAUAUUUAUCUGGUUUGCCCGUUGAAAAAUUUGACUUGCUAUUUCAAAUUGUUUCACCAUACUUACACAUUAUAAAAUACCCUGACUGUAAAGGAACUGGGGAAAGAUCAUUAAACAAAGCAACCGAACUUUUAUGUGUUUUAACAAUUUGUCGUCAUUCUCUUCAUCUUGGCGUUAUGGCUUAUAUGGCAGGUGUUGGUAAAAGCAAAACUAUUUUCCUGCUAGUCAACAUAGCAUAAGCUUUCUGUUGCUGACCUAAACUACCUUCUCUUUUUCUAGAACUAUAUUCUUUAAAUAUCGAUGCUGUAACUAAUGGAUGCAAUUCCUCUUUAGGACACCAGGGAGCUGAAAUGGGAGGGAUAUGAUUGGGAUCUAAUUUUGUACCAAAACUAAAAUUUCUUUCUCGUUUGACUCUCAAUUUUUCCGCAAGUGAUGGGUAUAAUUUGAAUCGAUUAACACGCAUAUUAAGCUCUUGUAUUGUUCCUCCUGUGGACAGGCCACGUUCCAUAAGCCAUUGUACACAAUCUUUCUUUUCCAUUAUUGCAAAACAAUACGUAAAAGUGUUAAACAGCAAAUAACUAUAAUAUAAUAAUUGGAAAUGUGUACAAACGCUAGCUAAAUGUUUACACUUUGCGGGAGUUCUGAAAAUUUGUCCCUACAAGCCACUUCGCUCGGGCCCAGACCUGCGCGGUAUGAAACUCCGUAAUGUAUUGAUCUUUCGCCACCACGGCUGAUUACGAAAAGUCAAUACUAAAAAGACUUAUUAUUAAUCCUAUUCAUGGGAAAAUACAGGUUCGAAUCCUGUCUGGAUCAGUUUUGAGAAUUAUGACAAUAAUACAAGCAAUUACCAAUAAAAAUGUAGUCAUUGUUACAAGAAUAUAAUCUAUGUAAUACUUGUUAUGGCACUUUUAUAUAUUUUGUCUGGCUUGUGAUACAUACAUAAUACAGAAUAAUGUCAGUUAAAAAAUGAUUUAUAUAAUUUGUUCUUUUAUGAGAUUUCUUUAUACACUUUACUACUUUACUACUUUAUUGCAUAUUUUAGAUUCAUUCAUCUCUUGGUAGUUUUAGGCGUGUUGUUACAGAUACACAAAUGUUCGAUAUUUUUGGGAGAGUUUAUUGAAAGCAACUGAUUCACUGUUGAACAGAAAAUCUUUGAAAAGGUAUUGGUAAACUAGAGAGUGUUUUUUUCAUAGGCUUUGAAAAUUUUGGUUCCACAAAGAGUUUACAUAAAAAUUAGUGAUACCAGUCGUUAGCCCGUGGAAAAAUCCACGGGUUCGCCCGUCCUUUUUAUACUGUACUGGGUGCGUCUCGCUACUUGCGCAGCUAAGCUACCAUUUUGCGUGACAGACGGACAGACGUAUACGGGUAUUAUAAUAUAGGCUAAUCGUUAACUCGUGGAAACAUUCAUGGGGUGCCCUCCUUUAUAUAUACCGCAUUUCGUAUGUAUCGCUACUUGAGGUGCCAUCUUGCUUUAUUGGAUUCUGUUGUAAUUUCGUUCACAGUUUUUUUUACUUUUCUAGUGUUUACAUAUUACAAAAAUGUGUCACUAGCAUUAUUUAUUUCAUGUUUAUGCGUUUAACACUUUUCCCGUAAUAAAUAGCCACGACAAUAUGGGACAAGUGUUUAUGACCGUCCCGUAUUGUCUAGAAAGCCCGACGACAGUCUUUGUAACCGUUUGUCGAAAGCACAUAAUUCUAUCUAUACAUUCUCUUGAUCAAACCCUACGUAAUACAUCGUUGACGUCGAAAAUUGUUUCAACCCUUUAUCUACUUAGCCGAAGCGCGUGAUUCUACACAUUAUUCUAAUUAGAGCUUCGCGUUAUUCACAAGGCAGGAAAUGGAUUUUUUAUGUAUCGAAGAGUCAUUGGUGACGUCAUUGAAAUUCAAGAAAGAGUUCUUUUUUUAUUUAUUUUUUCUGCCUAAGUGGAUUUUUUUACGGCCUUAUUGACUAGUAUCUAUAUAAUAAUACGCCAGUUCUGUCUGUC